UUCUCAUUAUUCGUGUUGUUUCUGCAGAGUCCUCAUAGCUAUGUCAUGCCUUCUUCCAACCACAACUCUACCAGAAUCCUGCUACCUUACUCCAGCGAGCAACUUUUGAGGUGGGCCAAGGAAACGUACGGCGGGAUCUCUUCCUUUGCGGAGUUAGAAGACCCUCAACGGAUUCUGUUCCAAGUAGGGAGAGGGCCCAGCGCAAAUGAAGACUGCAUCUUGGCACAGAACUUCAAUGCCGAGCCUUAUCUAGAGGUAGAACUCCUUUCCCACAAGGUGGAGACAUGCCCGGAUUCCCACAAAGCAUCUGGAAACGUGGCUCACAUCCUGUGGCUGCAACAGAGUUCAUCAGGCAAGAGGAUGCAGACGGUGGAGGUGAACGUAAAAACGGUUUGCAAGGAUGGACGUCCGGAGCAUAAAGCGGAGGUGCCUUUGGCUCUGUGGCUGAAGAGCCACCAAAACACGCUGUGGAAAAUGGGCCACGGGUUUUCCUUUGUGCAACUCUUGGUAUCUGGUAAAUAUUCCUUUGCUGCCUUCUCCGGGAUGCACAACGGUACGACCCUUCCAGACAACAAGGAGGGCCUGAUUCAAAAGGCCCGCAACAAUUCCUUCGUGGCUUCCUACACCGAAAUCCCUUCGGCCAAAACCAUCAGCCUGGAAUACAAGAGGAUUUGCGGCUCAACCGUCGUCACCACCACCCCACCACCCCAGGCGGCAGAAAACCUGACCGUGAAAGUCCACCAACUCAUUAACCUUUGCAAGCCGUGGAAGUGUUUGGAUAGCAGCAUCGAAAUUGCUCUUCUCAAGAUCUAUCUGGCGGCUUUACCGACAAGGGUCGAUGCCAUCACCUUGAAAGAUCCCAGCUGCAGGGCCAGGGACAACACAACUCACUUUGUCCUCAACAGCAUCCUCGAUAAAUGUUCCACCCAACUCGAAGGGGGAGUCCAUGUGAAAAACCAGCUCAUCCUAACACUGCCUGUGUUUCCGGGGAAAGUCACGGUACCCUUUGAAUGUGAUCUACCAGAGAAAGUGUCUCUCCAGCUCUACACCUCGGAAGAUUUUGCCUCGCCGAGCAAUCCGGUGAUACAAGCUCACCAAGUUACCUAUGUGGAGGUCUCGCUCCGAACGGCCAUGAAGCAGUUUUCUCUAGAAAUGGGGGACUGUUUCUUAAAACCCCAAGACAACACGCCUCAGCUGCUCUUCCACCAAGGGGUUUCUCUGAGCUACUCGGUGGCGACCCUGAAAUCCCCCAGCCCGAAGACCCAACGCUUCAGCUUCACCUACAAGCCAGAAGAAGAGCUGUGGUCCAUUGAUUCGGCCACCCUAGUUUGCGUGGUCCACCUGAACACCUCGAACGGCAAACUCCGAAGCUACGAAGGCUCUUUAGAAGUGAUGCUGAAAAAUUAUAACCCCGGAUCCCACAAUGAAGGAUUGAGGAUUAGCACUGUGCUGGGAAUUGCCUUUGGAGCAUUUUUGAUUGGAGUCCUGCUCACCGGAGCAUUGUGGUACAUCUAUUCUCACACUCGUCCCAUCACCAAAACCCAACCAGCCUCGGCGAACCCGCCUGCAUCGGAGAGCAGCAGCACCAACCACAGUUUGGGCAGCACUCAAAGCACCCCUUGUUCCACCAGCAGCAUGGCAUAGCCCCCUAAAAAAACAGGGGAGCCACAAGGACUUCCUACAGAGGGAAAGCAUCUGGACUGCAGAGCGGUUGGGUUCCAAGGCUAGUGAAGAACGUUCACCUCCAAGCCAGCGGGGACUUCUUCUUCUUCUUCCGACAUCGAAACGUUGGGCGUUUCCAGCCAGCAACUUCUUGGAAACUAUCGGGAUGGGUUGAGGGGCACGGGGGUCCCAGCCCCUUAAUCUGAGACUAGCCAUUGGAUCCCCCAUAAAUGUGACCAUUGUUCCCAAGGUCUUCAAGGUUGGGCUGUUGGAUUAGACUCUUCUUGUGUUAGGCAUCAGGUUGUAAGCGGGAGACUCUAUGGACUUUUGCUAAUUCCUUAACCACAGCAGCAGCUAAUCUCACUUCCAAAAGAAACCAGGGUGAACUAGGUUUAUGGAAGGUUUGCUUUGUCUCUUGGCUAAAACCCCGGAGACAAAAGUAUUGUCUGAAUCGGGAACCCCCGUAAGAUUGAGAAGUUACCUUCUCGUGUGUCUUGUCCUCCAGCUAUGAUAGAUCCAACUUUGCUGGUGGGGUGACGGCCAGGGCUCCUGGGCCAUCAGCUACAGAGGUUCUUCCACGGGUCAUCAAACCCAGGUAACGCCAGGAAAUACGUUCCCUUUUCUGUUGGAGUUGGCCUUCCAGUGGCAUGGUCCCGAUUGCCCCCGGACUCCGAGUCCCAUCAACUUUCAAGAGUGAACAUGCUGGGGAUCAUGGGAUGAGUGCCCACCUGAAAAAUAUCCACUUCUUCUUAGGAGAACAUCAAAGUCCCCCCUACCUUAAAAAUUGGCAUCAUAGCAACCUUUCAAGAUAGAAGAAGCAAGAGUCGAGCAGGGGGUUAGACUAGAAGGCCUCCGAGGUCCCUUCCAACUCCGUUAUAAGUCAGAGUUAAUGCAGGAGGGGGUCUCCCACAUUUCCUGUGUGUUUUGCAGCCCCCUCAAGAUAAUGGCAAAUCAUAUCCCUGCAUUUUGGGCCCUUCCACACCCUGCUUGGUUGGGUUCACGCACCAAUGGGCCACCCGAGAAUUAAUCCGAAUUAUACUCACUUCAGCCCGUUUGUAGGGAAAGAGCAAAUAGGUUUUAGCAUUCCUCCUCGUUGGAAAAGGACUUGAGGGCCACCUCUCUUCUGAAAGACAUAUAAUUGUACGUAUAUAAAUAACUUUACAUAGAAUAUAUUUUGUAAACCGUAUACAGGGAAAUAAUACUGUGCCUACUCACCAUUAUCAGUUCUGGUUGUUGUUAUUUUUAAAAUUCCUCGGAGGGGCUAACAGAGGAUCUCAGAAGCCAUAAACUGAGGGCGGGGAGAGCCCACAGGGGAAAUUGAGUCACAUCUAGCAACAUCCCACCAGAUGCGUUUCCGAUCAAGAGCCCAGCAAUGGCUCCAGCUGCAAAUACAGAUGCUGGAAGGCUCGGAAAUUGCCUGGGUUUGAUUGACAGAUGCAAAAAAAUAUAUAUUUUGUGUAUAGCAGCCUUUUGUCACCCCCCUGGAGGCGUUUCUCUUCAGGCUUUCUCCCUGCCAAAGCGCCCCCUGUUGGAUGGUUUUUAAAAUGCACAUCCCAGUUCCCGUUAUAAAGCAUGAAAUAUACAGCAACAGAUAAGCAAAGAAUUCCAAUUCGUCGUGUUUAAUUUAUUCAUUUGGAGCAUUUAUUUGCUUGGGAUCCGAGUCUCUGUUUAUUUUCUCCCUUCUACCCACUAUUCCAAAACUUAACGCUCAUAUUUUAUUUUAUUUUUUACAAAGAACGUUCAAAAGAGAACAAAUUAAGACUUUUAAAAAGAGCUGUAAACAAUGUAAAAUAAAACCACAUUUUCUUUGAUAAAUUACUUUUAUAAAUUCA